AUGGAAGCAGCAUCAAUCCUCUCCGCCAUGAAGGGCGAAAAACUGAAAGAUGCACCCCAAUGGCGUAUCUGGUAUGCUAAAGUGCAACUUUAUGCUACCCAAAAGAACGUCUGGGAUCUAUGCAACCCAGAUACCCCGGCAGAUGCUAGGCCUACUAUCCUCACUGAACCAGUAGAACCAGCCUACCCCCGGACAACGACGACGAGAAGCUUCGACGAGUUUGGCGAGACUUGA